GGCAGGCGAGCGCGAAGGGGGUGGGGGCCGAAGGAGGUAGGGAGGCCGAGCGAGCUGGAGCCGAGGAGCGGGGAGCGGCGACGCCACCCAGCCAUCGUUUUUGAUCUGCAGCAGCCGCCGGCGGGGCGACCCAGCCCGACCCCCUCCCCUCCCCCUCAGCCACGAGCGGCGGCGGCGGCGGCGGCCGGAGGGAGUUGGCGGCGGCGGCCGAUCGGAGGGGCUGAGCGGGGAGGGAGGGAGGGCUGAGGUGUCCCCCUUGCCGGGUGGAAUCGGAGGCGGCGGCGGCGCUGGCGGCGGCUGUGGUGGUGGAGGCGGCGGCGGCGACGGUGGAGACGGCUGCCCUAGCGGGAGAGGCGGCGGCGGCGGCCGAGGAGGAGGAGGGGGAAGCGGCGGCGGCGGCGAAGGGCUCCAGACCCAGUUCCUGGACCUGCCCUGGAAAAGAAGUAUCCAGUAGAGAUGAGCUCACUGCAGUUACUUAAUUAAAAAUUUGUAAGCUGCAAAAAUGGCAAUGGGCCAAUCAAGAACAGCUACCAUUUGAAUUUUUCUAUUUCCAGCUACUCUGUCAUCACCAUUUUGUGGAUGAGGAAACUGAGACACAGAGGAGUUUAAUGAUUUGCCCAAGAAGACACUACAAAAAAUGCUUGGACAGAAGAGAUGAGUACUAUUUCCACUAAGGCCUAGAAUCGCCUACUGUACAAAUAGUCCUGAUCAGGCAAUAUACGAAUGGCCCAAGGAAGCCACCAAAUUGAUUUUCAGGUUUUACAUGACCUGCGACAAAAAUUCCCUGAAGUACCUGAAGUUGUUGUAUCCAGGUGCAUGUUACAGAAUAAUAAUAACCUGGAUGCCUGCUGUGCAGUUCUCUCUCAGGAGAGUACAAGGUAUCUUUAUGGUGAAGGAGACUUGAAUUUUUCGGAUGAUUCUGGAAUUUCUGGUCUACGCAAUCACAUGACUUCUCUCAACUUGGACUUGCAGUCACAGAAUGUUUACCACCAUGGAAGAGAAGGAAAUAGAAUGAAUGGAAGUAGGACUCUAACGCACAGCAUUAGUGAUGGACAACUUCAAGGUGGUCAGUCCAAUAAUGAACUAUUUCACCAGGAGCCACAGACAGCACCAGCUCAAGUUCCUCAAGGCUUUAAUGUUUUUGGAAUGUCCAGUACAUCUGGUGCUUCAAAUUCAGCACCACAUCUUGGAUUUCACUUAGGCAGCAAAGGAACAUCUAACCUUUCUCAACAAACUCCAAGAUUUAAUCCCAUUAUGGUAACUUUAGCCCCAAAUAUCCAGACUGGUCGUAAUACUCCUACAUCUUUGCACAUACAUGGUGUACCUCCACCUGUACUUAACAGUCCACAGGGAAAUUCUAUCUAUAUUAGGCCCUACAUUACGACUCCUAGUGGUACAACUCGGCAGACACAACAGCAUUCUGGCUGGGUAUCUCAGUUUAAUCCCAUGAACCCUCAACAAGUUUAUCAACCUUCACAAUCUGGUCCCUGGACUACGUAUCCUGCAUCUAAUCCUCUGCCACAUACCUCAGCCCAGCAGCCAAAUCAGCAAGGCCACCAGACCUCUCAUGUCUACAUGCCCAUCAGUUCACCUACUACUCCACAACCACCAACAAUUCAUUCGUCUGGUAGCUCACAGCCUUCUGCCCAUAGCCAAUAUAAUAUUCAGAAUAUUUCAACUGGACCUCGGAAAAACCAGAUUGAAAUCAAACUUGAACCCCCACAAAGAAACAAUUCUUCGAAAUUGCGUUCUUCUGGACCUCGAACCUCCAGCAGUUCCUCCUCAGUCAACAGCCAGACCUUAAAUAGAAAUCAGCCCACUGUUUACAUAGCUGCCAGCCCCCCAAAUACUGAUGAGGUAAUGUCCCGUAGUCAACCUAAGGUCUAUAUUUCAGCCAACGCCACCACAGGAGAUGAGCAGGUCAUGCGGAAUCAGCCCACUCUCUUCAUAUCCACAAACUCUGGCGCGUCGGCCGCCUCCAGGAAUGUGUCCGGGCAAGUGAGCAUGGGCCCCGCCUUUAUUCAUCACCACCCUCCCAAGAGUCGAGCUGUGGGCAGCAGCCCUGCAGCUUCUCCUCGAGUGGUGGUCACUCAGCCCAACACAAAAUAUACGUUCAAAAUUACAGUUUCUCCCAAUAAACCCCCUGCAGUUUCACCGGGGGUGGUGUCCCCUACCUUUGAGCUUACGAAUCUUCUAAACCAUCCUGAUCAUUACGUAGAAACAGAGAAUAUUCAGCACCUCACGGACCCUGCUUUAGCACAUGUGGAUAGAAUAAGUGAAGCGCGGAAGUUGAGUAUGGGAUCUGAUGAUGCUGCCUACACACAAGCUCUUUUGGUACAUCAGAAGGCCAGAAUGGAACGUCUUCAAAGAGAACUUGAGAUUCAAAAGAAAAAGCUCGAUAAACUAAAAUCUGAGGUCAAUGAAAUGGAAAAUAAUCUAACUCGAAGGCGUCUGAAAAGAUCUAAUUCCAUAUCCCAAAUACCUUCACUGGAAGAAAUGCAGCAGUUGAGAAGUUGUAAUAGACAACUCCAGAUUGACAUUGACUGCUUAACCAAAGAAAUUGAUCUUUUUCAAGCCCGAGGACCACAUUUUAAUCCCAGCGCUAUUCAUAACUUUUAUGACAAUAUUGGAUUUGUAGGUCCUGUGCCACCAAAACCCAAAGAUCAAAGGUCCACCAUCAAAACACCAAAGACUCAAGAAACAGAAGAUGAUGAAGGGGCUCAGUGGAAUUGUACUGCCUGUACUUUUUUGAACCACCCAGCCUUAAUCCGUUGUGAACAGUGUGAGAUGCCAAGGCAUUUCUGAGCUGAGAGGCCCUGUAUCUUCUCUAAAACCACAUCUGAAGUUCAAGAAACUAGUCUGUCAUCAGGGGAAAAGUUUCACUGCUUCAUAGGAUUUUGUCAAAUUGACGGUGUGACAAGAUGGUGUUGUGCUAAUGUUAAAUGUCGGCCCACAGAGCUAAUAAUUACCUCAGUCUAAUGUCAUGGGCAGUUGAAAUUCAUCACAUGAAAGGUAAUCUGCUGAAAGACUUGGUUGCCCACUGCCUAACCAUGUACAGUGUUACCAAUAGCCCAUUAUGGAUAAUUACCAAUAUAUUAAUACCUAGGUGUUCCCAGUACCUUUUCCCCUCAUGUCACUACUGAAUUUUGACAGGAGGAAGGAAUAGAAUGAUGGCUUUUUUUUUUUUAUAAAGCUUUCGGUGAAACACUACAAACAUGAAGAAAAGGAACAAGGUUCAACUAUUUAAAAACUGUUUGCUGCCGUAUAGUGCCAAUGGAUAGGGGAAGGACUUCACAAAUCUGUGGUACUCUUGGCCUUGUCUUUGUCUUCCCUAAAAACGUCUCCACUCUGUGAAGCCAGCAUCUAAGGUCUAAAGAUGAAAAGCAGCAUGCAUUGUCUGUACAAAAUGGAGUGAAAUAUCCCAAGCUUUUGCUACUGUACAGAUCUCUCAAGUCUGCUUUAAGUGAUUUCUUUUCUUCCUUAUUAUUUUCUUAUAUUUCUAUAUGUAUAGUGUAAUAGUCUUUUGUUAACUGAUUUUCUUUUUUCCUUUUAGUGAUUAAGCACGAUCAUGUCCCUUUUUAAGCCUUACCUGAGAGAAGCAGUGCCUUAAAAUAAAAAAGCAUUAACGAAAUGAAACUAUGCACAAAAUAACUUUCCUGUACUUAUUCAGUACUUUGCCCUCAUGAAUGCCGAUGUUCUGUGAAGACAUACAGAUGCUGCACAGUGAAUUGCAGAAAAUAUUACAGGACUUAUGUCUGUAGGUCACACUAUAUAUUGACUUUAGCAGUGGGUAACACAACACAGUGUUUUAUCUUCCACAGGGAAGCUUAAAACAAAAGAUAUUUUUAACCCACUGACAGCAACAAGGUUAAGCUUGCUUUAUCUGCCUUGUGUCCCACAGAACUUUCACAAGAGAUUACUAUUGGGAAAGUACAGUUUCAAAACCAGCAACAUCAGCAGUACCUACAGCCCUUUUUUUGGAGAGAAGUUUAAAUGCUUUACUGUUGGGGCAAUCCGUUUCUAAACCUGACUUGGUGGCAGUAUCGUGUAUAUUUAUAAAACAAGGCUAGUCAUAUUUAGGACAACUGAAGAAAAGCUGGAAAAAAGAAAAGCAAACUUGAACACUGAAGCAACCUCAAGCAUCUCUUUAUUUUGAUGAUAUAUUUUUAUAAGGAAAAUAAAUAUUCAAAUGAUCAGGAAUGUAUAUAACUAAAUGAAAUCAAGAAAAAGAAAUAACAGUAUGCAUUUAAAAAAACAAUUAUGAAAUUAUAUAUCAGUGCUUAGAAUGGGGCAAAGGGAAGUGCUGAAAUGUAGCAAAAAAAGAUAGGAGAUAAUGUAGACUGUCACCCACUGUAAAUGUUUGCAAAUGAAUAUUUUUUAAGUAAACAGGAUUAUUACAGGUAAUUCUAUAUGAAUGUUCAAAGCCUUAACUUCCAGGCUUUGCAUCUUGUAUAUGGGAAUAACUAUGACAAUCCUAGUUAAUUAGACAAGAAACCCAAAGCCCUUACAUUUGAUGCAUUUUGUUUUAAAAAUAGGCCUUGUUUUUCAGCUUCAUCUGCAGUUCUAUGUGAAGAUUGAUAAAUCAGUUUUUACUUGUUUUAUUAAUAAAAUGUAAUUUGGAUAUCUUGAGUUGAUGGUUUUGUGAUUUAGCUGGGUAAACUAUCUUUGUAACAGAUAAGUUAUUUAUAAAAAUUAAAAAACUUAUAUUCUACUGUGGAUUUUGUGACUUGUUUUUAAAGUUUAUGGGAUAAGAAAUAAUUUAUGCCCUAGCAGAACAUUUGAUAGUUCAUAGAAAUCAGAGAAAACUUGUUCUCUAGAGUCUUCUCAUGACAUCAUAGCAUUCCACUGCAUUUCUUGGAUUAUUUGUAUCAAUUUCCCCAGACUUC